AUGAAUUCUGAUUCUGAGCCAGAUUCCCCUAAGCCUUAUUACUUAUAUACACCAAAUAAUGGCAAAAGUCAAUAUAAAACCGGUGAAAGAUUAUUUCCCGUUGAAACAGGUGAUUCAUUAAUUAGAAACAGUCGAUUGAUUCCCACAUCUACUCAUAACUCUUAUUUUCAACCAUCUGCAGUCGCUAAUGGGGCAAGUAGACCAGGUAGCAUUAUGACAAUGCCACCAAUUCAACCACAGCAAACUCAGGCUACUGUUCAAGCGUUACAGCAACAAUAUGGUAUAUCAUCAGUAAAACCAGUAGUAGACCAGCAUGAUAGAAUGUGGGCUGAACUUGAUGUUUUAGAUGAAGUUGAGGUGGCAGCGAAUGAAACUGAAGCUAACACAUCUUUUUUUGGGGAAAUGCAUGCAAAAGUUUUAGCUGAUUUACAAAUUUCUCAGCUCGAGCUUAUCAAAUCCAUGUCUCUUGGUGACAAAAGAAUAGAUAAAGGUCAGUACCAAAGUUUAUGGGAGCAAAAUGAUAUUGAAUCGUUACGUAAUAAUCUUUUUAAUCAACAACACUUCGAUUCGAUAUAUAAACAUGUUUCUAAAACUAUCGAAAAACUUGAUAUUGUUGCCGAAAAAAUGAAAGAGAUAGACAAUGAAAGUCAAGAAAUGUGGAAAUCAAAUUAA